AUAUUCACGGGAUAGAAAUUGAAGAGAGAGAAUGUCUGCAAGAGAGCAGAGAUACAGUUCAGAAAUCAUGUAUGAAGCCGGUGACGACGGAUCACUAAACUUCGAUGAGUCGGAUUCCGACAUCAAAUAUACCAGCACCCCACUGAAAGAAGUCGAUCCAGUACAAAAUAAACGAAAAAUAUCGGCCCCUUCUAAUUGUGACUCGGAAGAGUCGACGGAUGUCAUGACCUCCGUGCCGAGACCUUUACCCAGGCAGAGAAGCGGCCAAAUUUUGAAGAAGCAACAGGUUCCCAGCACUCGUAGAAGUGGGAUUGAGAAACAGCCCCGGAAAAGACAAAUACGGUCGAAGAGGCGAAGAACACAUGAAAGCAGGAACGAUGAUCGCGGGAAUGUUGACGAGAAAACGACGACAAGGAGACCUCCUUCCACAGACGGCAAUGCGGAGUCAGAAGGCCGCAGGAGAGUGGAAAAUCUUCAGAGACAAAGGGAAGCAGCUGCUGAACUACCGAUUGCCGAAUUACUGCAACAUGCGCAGGAAAAUCGUAAGAACAAAACAAAGUAUGAGGAGCCAUCGCCCAUGCUGGAGUUGACAACUGACACCAUUUACGUUCAGGGGAGAAACGGGUUCAGUGCAGUGAAAAUUCGGAAAACUAAUAGGGUAGAAGACGCCACUGAAAAAUUUUUGAAGCCUAUACACGUCGCAAUCAAAAUGCACAAUUUAUCCAAAUGUGUGAUGAUGUGGUGCCAGGGACUUCUCGGCGGCAUCGCCUUGACUCAGGUCCUCUUGGUAGCAAAAAUGGAGGCUGAUCCCAGUCUACUUGCGCUAAUAAACGCCACCAACUACCCCCAGAUAAUAUCAGGGAUAUUUUUAUUUCUCGUCACAAUAUGUCUUCUCUCUGCGAUGGACAGAAUUGAUUUUGGACAUUUUGACCUGGACGAAUUUCGCAUGAUUUCUUAUCGCUGCUGGUUGUCCAUUGUUACACUCCUGCUGUACCUUGUAGCGAUCUGUAUUCACUUGACAGCGACAGACCAAUACAAAAAUUCAACAACUCUUGAUCAUGGAAAACCCGAAAUUGACACGAAUCGAACUGUCGAUGUUGAACACUCCAUGCAAAGUAAAAUGUACACUUGGAAAUACGUACUCUGCAUCGUGGCCUGGGUCUGCAUUGCAUUUGGGCCGACUAAUGACAUGACCACAACGCAUUUGGAAACUCUACUGGAAUAUGCCAAGUAACAUGUAGAUCGAAGCUUCCUAAGAUUGAACAAGCAAUUAAGCUGAAACAUUCAACUAUCAGCUAUGGCACAGCAGUUUCUAGUUCACACAUACAGAUCAAUGUUGUGAUGCGAUGGUCAAUACUACAUUCUGUAUAGACGACAGAUG